GAGAGGAUGGGAAAUAGGAGGCACUGGGAAAGAAAGUGUUCAGUUUACUCCACUCAGGUCACAUCGACCCUCAAGUUUGACAAGAAACCAGAGAGUACUUUCAUCAUUAAGUGCAUUAUCUUGACUGUUAUAUGAUACUCAACCUUUACAGCUUUUUGCACAAGAAGCCUGCAAACAUGAGAGCCUUAUUUUUAAGAAAAAAAAGGGAAAAAACAGCACACUUUUGGAUGAUGAUCGAAUUCUAAACUUCUUGGUGAGAUUCAGCAGUUGGGAGUCUCUGCAUUCUGGUGUUGAUACCUACACAUUACAUGAGACAUCCAACAUGAAGGAGAGACAAUUAUAAAGACUCCCUGUGAACAUGCUACCUAUGGAUGUGACAGAUGAGGACGAUGUAAAAAAACAGGUGGAUGUCUGCUUCAGAAACUUUAUUUCCUGCUAUGUUUUGCUCCUCUUUUUGUGGAUGCGGUCAUGUUUUAAUAAACCUCACACAUUUUAAACACUGUUCAAAAGACAAUCCACCAUGUUUAAGCGGUGGCUGCUAGCCCUGGUGGCCCGUGUCGGCCUCAUUGUACUGGGCCUAUGCUGCUGUUUGUCCCUGUUCUACCUCCUGGCCUGUAAACCUGCAUCCCAUGGUCACCAGCACACCCAGCUGUGGCCUGGAGGGGCCACCAGCAAGGAAGGAUAUAUGGCACUGCUGCAGGAGAGGGAGGACUCUCACAGACAUUACAUCAACAGCCUGACAAAGCAGAUCGCUCAGCUGAAAGAAGCUCUUCAGGAGAGGACGCAGCAGCUUCAGGAGUCGCUGGAUAAGGCCAAAGCCAAUGGGAUUCUGCCACUGGGGCUGGAGAGUCUGCACAAAACCCCAACGCAGUUUGACAUGAAGGAGUUCUUUCGCUCCCAGUUGAACCAGGCCGAGGUCAACUCAGGUGUGAAGCUGCCCAGCGAAUAUGCAGUGAUUCCUUUUGACACUUUUACACUACGGAGGGUGUACCAGCUGGAGACGGGGUUAACCAAACACCCAGAGGAGAGGCCUGUGAGGAAGGACCGUCGAGACGAGCUGAUAGGAACAGUGGAAACAGCUCUGCAUGUCCUCAACGGACCUCUGCAACACGUAGACAACACCAGGAGAAAGCACACAUUUUCCCCUUCGGACUUCAUAGAGGGACUAACUCGUACAGAGAGGAACAGAGGAAGUGUUUACGAGCUGAUGUUUAAAGGUGACGGCCCACAGGACUUCACUCAGCUGGUUCUCUUCAGACCGUUCGGCCCUGUGCUGAAGGUGAAGAGUGACAGGGUGGACACACGCAGCAUGCUCAUCAACAUUAUUGUACCUCUUUCCAAGAGAGUGGAUGCUUUUAAGCAGUUUAUCAGCAACUUCAGAGAAGUGUGUAUCCAGCAGGACGGCAGGGUCCACCUCACUGUGGUCUACUUUGGUCGUGAUCAGAUUGACAAGGUGAAAGGCACGCUGGACCAAACCACCAGGGAGACCCGGUUCAGAGGCUUCACCUUGAUCCAGCUCAACGAGGAGUUUUCACGAGGGCGGGGCUUAGAAGUGGGUGCCAAGGCUUGGAGGCGGAGCCAGAAUGUGCUACUCUUCUUCUGUGAUGUUGACAUCCACUUCACAGCAGACUUCUUAACUUCCUGUCGCCUCAACGCGGAGCCUGGUAAGAAAGUGUACUAUCCAGUACUCUUCAGUGAGUACAAUCCAUCCAUCAUCUACAGUAAUCAGACAGUUCUACCGCCUGUUCAACAACAACUGGUGAUUAGAAAGGAUACAGGCUUCUGGAGAGACUUUGGAUUUGGCAUGACGUGCCAGUACAGGUCUGAUUUCAUCAACAUAGGUGGUUUUGACCGUAACAUCAGAGGCUGGGGGUUGGAGGACGUGCACUUGUACAGGAAGUACCUUCACAGUAAGCUGAUGGUGAUUCGAGCCCCGUCUCGUGGCCUUUUCCACUUGUGGCACGAGAAGAGUUGUGCAGAUGAACUUCCUCCAGACAAGUACAACAUGUGUAUGCAGACCAAAGCCAUGAGUGAGGCCUCACAUGGCCAGCUGGGGGAGCUGUUCUUCAAAGCAGAGAUCGACGCUCAUAUGAACUCUAAGAGGCAGCUGAGCAGAGGGAGCUGAUGAAAAUAAUAUCUGAGUAAGAGGUAGAGAUGAGAUCUUAGACUGUGAUGUGUGUUUUGGUUUUACUUACAGUAUCUUAUAUGACGCCCAUAAAACAGGGUGUUAAGGUUCUGUAACAAAAGGAGGUUUAUUCUGGUUACUGACCUCAUCUGGAUGACAAAUCUGUACAGAACUGACAUGGAAAAUGUUAUUUUAUUUUU